UUCCUAUAUUCAUUCUUUUCGCUCUUUCGGUUUCCAAAACGUGUUGGCUCAAUCUUUUUUGACUUGAAAUAAUUAUUUCUUCAGUUAAUUUUCCUUAAACAUUCGAAAAACAAUGUCGUUGGAAAUCUUAGCUCAAGAAAAAGUGUGGCUUGAAAAGGCCAAAUAUGCUGAUGCAGAACGUUUAUAUUAUGAAAAGAUGUCUAAGAAUAAAGCGGACAAAACUGCUUUUGGUGGUGCUAAAUUGCGUGUUACAACAAAGGCAAAUACCGGUUGUGAGGCCCCCGGCAAGAAAGUGCUGUUAGCUGAAAUUGAAAAAGCUCGUCAAAUUUUACACGAAAAAGUUCUCAGUGCUAAUGAAUAUGAAUCAUCUGCCAUCUGUUCAAGAGACAGUGAAAGUUCUGAAACAAUUAACGCUAUCACUGAUUUAAAGAAUGCUUUUCAAAAAUUAGAUGACCGUGUCAGAGUGUUAGAAGGAAAACCACCCAGUAGUUUUUCAAGUAAUUCAAGUUCAUUAAAACAAGAUAUUGAACAAUUGCAAAAUCUUCUUGGAAAAUUGGAAAUUCGUGUUGCUACAUUAGAAUCUAAAAAAGUAACACCUGAAAAAAUAGAAAUAAAAGAAACUCCCAAAAAAGAAGAUGACGAUGAUGUUGAUUUGUUUGGAUCAGAAUCUGAAGAAGAAAGUGAAGAAGCAGCCAAACUUAAAGAACAAAGGGUUGCUGAAUAUGCUGCUCGUAAAUCCAAAAAGCCUACUAUUAUUGCAAAAUCAAACAUUAUAUUGGAUGUUAAGCCAUGGGAUGAUGAAACUGACAUGAAAGAAUUAGAAAAGGCUGUUCGUCAAGUCACUACUGAUGGAUUAUUGUGGGGAGCAUCAAAAUUGGUUCCGUUAGCUUAUGGAAUACACAAGCUUCAAAUCAGUUGUGUUGUUGAAGAUGAAAAAGUGUCAAUUGAUUGGCUUCAAGAAACAUUACAAGAAAUUGAAGAUUUUGUACAAAGUGUUGAUAUUGCAGCUUUCAACAAAAUUUAAGAUUCAGAAUACCUGUAAUCAGCUCCAAUUUCAUAAUUAUGAACUUUAAAAUUCAUCAGUAAUAUAUAAUUCUAAAGAAAA